GUGACAGAGUGGAUAGAAGUUCAUCUGAACCAAAUUGUCAACUAAGAGACAUGGAUGUCCUUCGAAGUGAGAAAUCAUAUGAAACUUCAAUCUCCAAGUACAAGACUUACAUCCAGACUGAAUUUGAGGAAAUUCCGGACUACAACUCGCUCCCUGGGGCAGAUUAUGUCGCCAUGUCUAAGCGCUACAUUGACCUUGUGAUAGUUCAGAAGCACCGCGAGCUGAGAGACAGGGAGCACGAGCUCCGUAAAAAAGGGAAAGAACUCUACCAGGUCUUCACUAGGGCCAGCAAGGACUACCUUUGCACCAGCUUGGAACAGCUCUUCAGUCCACACAGUGAGGGGAAGGUGCCAAAAGCUGUCAUCCUUCAGGGCCACUCUGGAUACGGCAAGUCUUUCACUGCAAAGAAGAUCAUGUACGACUGGGCAUCUGACAAAAUGUACACGGACAGCUUUGAUUUUGUUUUUCACCUGAAGGUGAAGGAGCUCAACGGUGUAAAAGAUGAACUUUGCCUGGUAGAUCUCCUGCUGUGUGAUGGAAUUGAUGAACCCACAGUCUUAAAGGUAUUGGAGGAAAUACCAGAGAGGGUGCUCUUCCUAGUGGAUGGUUUUGAUGAGCUCAGAUUGUCACAUGUGGACUCGCUCCAAUUCAGCCAUCGAGACCAAGGGAACGUUAACAAGGUUCUGGCAGCACUCUUGAGCGGUAGGAUGCUUUGCAAGUCCUCCUUGCUGGUCACCACCAGGUCCACUGCUUUAAAGGCUCUCAGCCAUAUGCUGAAAGGCCCCCAACGCUUCACAGAGAUCUUAGGGUUCUCUGACAGAGGGGUGGAGAACUACUUCCAGGCCUUCUUCGAGCAAGACAAAAAUGUUGGGAUUGAAGUGCUGAAACAUGUGAAGGACAAUGAAACUCUCCUCACAGCCUGUUUCAUUCCCGUUACCUGUUGGAUUGUCUGCAACAUCUUCAAAGACGUGUUCAAAGAAGACAGAGACAUGAUCACUGAUUUGGACACCAGCACCUCCAUAUUUGCACACUUUGUGUUUAUGCAGUUGAAGCAUCAUGGUUCGGAUCUAGACAAGAGCGAAUGGAUCAACCUUUUGAAAAACUUGGGCGAGCUUGCAGUGGACGGAAUCACAAAACAAAAAGUGCUGUUUGAUGAAGAUGAUGUGUACCAGAUCGUGUCGAAACCCAAAAGCGGCCCUUUCCUUUGCGAGUUCUUCCUGAGGAAGCUCAACGUCGAGACGAAGUACAGCUUCAUGCAUCUCAGCUUCCAGGAGUUCUUCGCUGCUCUCUUCUACCUCUUAAGUGAUACGGACAUUGCUCGGCAGAAAGUUGGGGAGAUGCUACUCAAGGGAAAGCAGGGGCUUAAUGUCACCGACCAGAAGCACCACAUGAGCCACCUGCUGCCUGUCAUCCAGUUCCUCUUUGGCCUUUCAAACAAGGAAGUCACGUCAUCCCACCAGCUGUCUGCCUUUCCAGAAAUCUCUCCCAAAAUGUGCUCCCUGCUGGAAAAGUGGAUCUGUGACUUGAUCAAGGCAGAGGAGGGACUUCCAAGGACUCACAACAUUCAGCUGUUCCUUCUCCAGUGCCUGUAUGAGGUCCAUGAGGAGGGCUUUGUCAAGCGGGUCAUGAAAAAGUGGAACAGAAUCAACCUGGACGGCAUCCCCUUGAAGAAGACGGACUGCAGUGUGCUAGCCUACUGCGUACAGCACUGCCAGGCCAUGGAGCGCCUGACGCUCACACACUGCAACCUCAGCGGCGAGAAGCUGAAGGUGCUCACCAAGGCUCUGGACAAGUGCAAGUGUAAGGAACUAGGGCUGGUGGUGGAAGACCUGAGAGAUGUGAAGGAUCUGAUCACUGCUCUAGGAAAGGACACGAUCGUGACAGACCUGCACUUAAAGAACAGCAGCCUUUCUCUGGAGGAUCUACGGCAGGUCCUUAAUGCCCUUGCCAAACAGAGACGGGUGGAUGCUGUUGAUCUCACCUUGAGGAUUCCCUAUGAGAACUCCACUGUGACAGCCAUCACCACGGAGAAUGAGGAUAUGUGUGACCGCCACACUGACACACCACAGGAGGGGGAAACUGAUGGACUGGACUUCAACCUGGAGAGAAAGAUUAUCAGCACAGAGCCUCUCAGAUGCAAACACACUCUUACACUAGGGCUCGGGGCACAGAUUAGCCAACUGGAGCCAUGCAUGUUACAGAUCUCCAUCAGUCAGGCAGCUUCAUCUGAGCGCUUCAGCAACACCUGGACUGACCUGCUAGAGACCGUACACACUCUGGGAGAGAGCCCUCUAAGCUGUGCUGCUCUGCAGUCCUCUCUCAUCCAUGUUCCUGACGUAAAGAUGGUGGAGUUGGUCUUCAGCUCCCUGACUGUGGGCGUGGCCGCCGAGUUCCUCUCCCUCUUCCAGGCCUGCCCCACUCUACUGAGCGGAGGGUGUAAGCAGUGGGAGGAUGCUGGAGGACAGGGGGAGAGUCUGUGUUCAGAUCUGGUCUGUCAGAGGAUGACCAGCGACCUCAGCGAGCCCAGUGAGCUCAAUCAUUAUCAGUUAACUGUGAAACACCCUGCUGGAGAACUACUCUCAGAAAUCACACUUGCCAUGGCAACCCCCUUAGAGGAAUCUGAUUGGCCCUGUGUGUUCCAGAAGCUCAGCACACUCAGUGAAGUACCUGGAGGUGUGGAUCUGACUUUCCUGCAUGCUGUGAGGGGUCUUCAGAGGCUGAUGCUGCAGGUGACCUGCCUGACUGAGCAUUGGGCUUCUGACGUCCUUUCCCUCUUCCAGACCCCAGCCUGUUCUUUAAAGUACUGCAGUCUCAGAAUAAAUGAACCCCUUACUCACACCGACGGGGACAGCAUCUACUCAUUUCUCAGUGUGGAAAAGGAGGACAAGGAUAACAUCAUGCUGGUGGUGGAAUACAACAAGCAUCUGACUCCACUUACCAAGGCCAGACAUCAACUCACAAACAUCUCACUCACUGUACCGCACUCUGAGAUCGGCAGCAUCGACUGUCACAAGAUCCGUGAGCUGAGAGAUUUAGACGAGUGCACACCUGAGUUUGUGGAUCAUGUGUCAUCUGUCCCUGGCCUCCAGAAGAUCAAACUGGUCAUCGGCUGCCUGACUGGGAGCUGGGCAGAUACCCUCUGCUCUCUCAUACAUGACUGCCCCACACUAGUCAUCAUCACAAUAAAUGAACCCCUUACUAACACCGGCGGGGACAUCAGAUACUCAUUUCGCAGUGUGGGUAAAGACAACAUCAUGUGAGUGUCUUUGAGUUGGUGUUUCUUUCAGUUCAUUUUCAUUGUAAUCCUCACCUUGAUAUGUUUUAGAAUGUAGAGUGACAACACCAAGACCAAGGAAUGGCUUAUAGCACGUGUGUGGAUAUGAUGUU